GCCUGGGCGCGGAGCGAGGGCGGGCCUCCCCCACCACACACGCUCCCCAGCCUCUCCGGAUGCAGGGACCACCGGCCCCAGGGCCAAAGCGUCGGGGCUGGGCGCGGCGUCCUCCCACGGCCCCCAGCUUCCCGGGGGAGGAGCAGCGCAUCGCGCAAGCAUCCGGGAUCGGCGGAGGGGGCGGGAGGAAGGGCGAGAGGAGGAAGCGGGAUUUAAACGAAAGGCGGUGACGCCACACAAAAGAUUCCUAUAGGCUCCGGGGAGGUUACGGCCGAGGUGGCGGCGGCGAGCCGGGGGCGAGGUGGACGCGAGGAGGCGAAAGCCGCAGCCGGGCGCGGGCAGGCGGGUGUCCCUGGCCUGCGGUCCCCGCCCUUCCUUUCAGUUGCUCGGAGGUCGCUCGGAAGUUGCUGGUUGACAAACAUGGCAGGAGUCGGGGCCCUGGUCGGCCGCCGCGUUGCCGCGCGCACCUUCUGAACCAGCCACCCUGGGGCGUCGGAUGCGCGGGGCCGGCGGGCUCUGCUGGGAGACGGUGAUGGAGUCGCCACGACAGCCGGUGGCCGGGCGCAGGCCAUUCAGGCGGGGAGGGCGUGCCGCCUCGGCGCCCGGCCGCGCACUCUGAACCGCCAGGCGGGAAGGCGCGGCCGCCCAGCACCCUGCGUUGCAGCCUCCCGCCCGACUGACUCCGCGCGUCCGCCACAGAGCCAGCCACGCCCUCGGCCCUGCGGCCGCCCAGCGCCCCGAGAGCCGGGGCAGGAGAUGCGGCCGCGCGCCCCUGGGCGUCAGCUCCGGCCGCCGUCGCCGGCCAGUACCGCCCGGAGGGGUCGCCGCGCCUGAAGCCCACGUGCGCUGCUGAACCGGGUCGCCGCAGCGCAGCGGCUGACAGCAAAGCCUGCCGGGGCCGCCGCCCGCGCUCCUCCAGGAGCAGAGGAUUUUGAUUUCAAAGGAAGGAAGGAAGGAAGGACAACUCCCAGCCUCCCCGUCCCGCCCUCUCCGCUCCGGCGGCCCGGCCGGCCAUGCCCAGGAAGGCGGCGACAGCCCGGCAGCGGGGACUUUUCUGGUAGGCUCGUGGUGAGGGGCGCGGACUAGGAGUCUGCCGUGCCCCGACUCACGGUUCCCGCGAGCGCGCGCGCACAGCGCCCCGAAGAGCUUGCCGCGGGCUUGGGCGCGACGCCCGGCCCCCGGCCGCCGCCACCCCGCUCUCUGUGCCCGCCGCGGUGGGUGGCAUGAUGGUGCGCGGAAGGCAGCGUGGCCCUGGCCAGCUGAGUCGCGGCGGCGGUGGUAGCGGGCUCCCCAGCGGCAUGCCAGUGCCCCCUGGGCGCGAUGGCUAGCGGCAACGCCGGGAAGCCCACUGGCGAGGCGGCUUCUCCGGCUCCUGGGAGCGCCGUCGGCGGGGCCAGCUCGCAGCCGCGGAAGAGGCUGGUGUCUAUCUGUGAUCACUGCAAGGGCAAGAUGCAGCUGGUGGCCGACCUGCUGCUGCUGUCGAGCGAGGCGCGGCCGGUGCUCUUCGAAGGUCCCGCCUCCCCUGGCGCUGGAGCCGAGUCCUUCGAGCAGUGUCGGGACACCAUCAUCGCGCGCACCAAGGGGCUAUCCAUCCUCACCCACGACGUGCAGAGCCAGCUCAACAUGGGCCGCUUUGGAGAGGCGGGGGACAGUCUUGUAGAACUGGGGGACUUGGUGGUGUCGCUGACCGAGUGCUCUGCCCAUGCGGCCUACCUGGCAGCAGUUGCCACUCCGGGCGCUCAACCUGCCCAGCCAGGCCUUGUGGACCGCUACCGUGUGACACGCUGCCGCCACGAGGUGGAGCAGGGCUGUGCUGUGCUGCGAGCCACCCCGCUGGCCGAAAUGACCCCUCAGCUGCUGCUGGAGGUGUCGCAGGGCCUGUCUCGAAACCUCAAGUUCCUGACGGACGCGUGCGCCCUGGCCAGUGACAAGUCACGGGACCGUUUCUCGCGCGAGCAGUUCAAGCUGGGCGUCAAGUGCAUGAGCACCAGUGCGUCGGCGCUGUUGGCGUGCGUUCGAGAGGUGAAGGCGGCACCUAGCGAGCUGGCCCGCAGCCGCUGCGCACUCUUCAGCGGGCCCUUGGUGCAGGCCGUGAGUGCUUUGGUGGGCUUUGCCACCGAGCCUCAGUUCCUGGGUCGAGCAGCGGCUGUGAGCGCCGAGGGCAAGGCGGUGCAGACCGCCAUCCUGGGGGGCGCCAUGAGCGUGGUGUCAGCCUGCGUGCUCUUGACCCAGUGCCUCAGGGAUCUGGCGCAGCACCCGGAUGGGGGCGCCAAGAUGUCGGACCACAGGGAGAGGCUGAGGAACUCGGCCUGUGCCGUGUCUGAAGGCUGCACCCUGCUAUCUCAGGCUCUAAGGGAAAGGUCUUCACCCAGGACUUUACCGCCAGUGAAUUCCAAUUCUGUGAAUUAGCACCUCCCCGCCCUCAUACCUGUUUUCCACCCCAGGCUAAAGAAAGACACUUACUCCUCUCCUUUCCAUUUAUACCAAAGAAAUCAUAGGUGACCCCUCUCCCCGUGUUAAAUGCUCAAAAGCAAUUUUCCAGAAGGCAGGGCCAAGCACACAACACGUACACACAGGGCCCAGGUGUCUACCAGCCCACUCUAGGGACUCAGAUACAGAAGAUGGGGGUCUGCUGGCCGCAGCGUUACCCAUCCACACUCCAGCCCCUCAACUCGAUUACUAAUUGGGCAGGAAAGAGGUCAUAGGUUCAUUUCUUCUUUUUAAUUAAAAGAAAGGUUACCUCAGUUUUCACUCCUUAGACAUGGAUGUAGCUUCCUUUUUGUAUGUCGUUAUUUUUUUGUUGUUGUUGUUGUUGAAUUUAGAGUAUACAUGGUGUGAAAAGAGUAUGACUUUGCCCUGUGAUUUGCAAGUGGGGGGAAAGCUACUGUGAGCGUGUGUUUUAUUUUUUAAUUUACACUAUAGAGUGAUUCCCCCCCCCCCCCCGCCCCAAUGUCAAGUUUUUACCCUGCAUGUACUGGAGUAUUUAUUUCAUCUAUUAAAUUGUUAUGUUUCUCAGAUGGCUUCUUGCAGUUACUGUACUUUCACUAACUGUGCAUGCUGCCUGUCGUCUGUGGGAAGGAGCUGUGGGGAAAAAGUGACUCCCCAGCGCCCAACCUUGUCCAGUUUUCCCUCAAGAAUU